AGCUGAUUUGUGUCCUUGUUGGCGUUUAAUAUUUUUUCCCACAGGCUGGAGUAUAGAUCUUAGCAGGCUGAAGGGGGCUGAGAGUCCUGCCCCCUUCCCUCUGCUGGAAAUAGUAAGACAUUUGGGAACUGGCACCUUUUUGGCAGCCAGCCGCAGCAAGAACGUAAUUCUCUGAAGCUAGUAUUGGUCUGUAACCUUUCCAGCAGCGGCCUCUCCAAAUUUCGAUAUUGCUUUAUGGUGUGAUCUUUCUCCCUCCCCUAAAACUCUGCGUGACUUAAGCUCGACUACAAUGGGAGCCCUAUCAAGUGUCAAAAUGUUAACAGUAUUUGUGGAGAAACUGGAUCCGAUAAUUGCAGUUGGGUGGACUGGAGCGGUGCAGAACCGGAGCUCCAGAAAUGCCGUUGAUUUGUGCCGUUUCCCAGCGUUCCAGACGAGGUGUUAAUGGCAAAAAGACGCGUGUCCCCAGGCUCAGCACAUGGUUAUGAGCUUUAGGGUAUCAGAAUUACAAGUUCUCUUGGGCUUUGCUGGAAGGAACAAAAGUGGAAGGAAGCACGAACUGCUCACAAAGGCAUUACAGCUGCUUAAGUCUGGCUGCAGCCCGGCCGUUCAGAUGAAAAUUAAAGAACUGUACCGGCGGAGGUUCCCGAGGAAGAUCUUAACCCCUUCAGACUUGUCCAUGCUCCACAUCCAGGCCGGGCAGCUGCCCUCGGCCACCGCACUGACUCAGGGCACCGUGUGUCAUCUGCCCUACGAGCACAGCUCGGCGGCGACCGCGGUGCCGGCGGCUAUGCUGCCUCCGGUGCCCAUGCUGGGACCCAAACACGAGGCAGACGUUCAGCACUUGUCGCCGCCCAUCCACCCGGUCCACCCGGAUGUCAAGAUGAAGAGGCUGCCCUUCUACGACGUUUACGAUGAGCUGAUAAAACCUACCACGUUAGCAUCGACGAACAGUCAGCGGUUUGAAGAAGCUCACUUCACCUUUGCUCUAACCCCUCAGCAAGUUCAGCAGAUCCUCACCUCCCGUACUGGCAGAACGGAGAGUGGAGGCAGGAGGAAAAAUUGGCAGAGUUUGGGUGAGCGAGCCUGGCAGAUGAGGAGAGAUAUCUUACCAGGUGCCAAAUGCGAUUACACUAUACAGGUACAAUUAAGGUUCUGCUUGUGCGAAACCAGCUGUCCCCAAGAAGAUUACUUCCCUCCUAAUUUAUUUGUCAAGGUCAAUGGAAAGCUCUGUCCCCUGCCUGGUUAUCUCCCGCCCACAAAAAAUGGUGCAGAGCCGAAACGACCGAGCCGUCCUGUCAAUAUCACUCCGUUGGCGCGGCUUUCGGCGACUGUCCCGAACACAAUUGUAGUGAACUGGUCCUCAGAGUUCGGCAGGAACUACUCUCUGUCAGUUUACCUGGUGAAGCAGCUCACUUCGGUAACGCUGCUGCAGAAGCUAAGAGCCAAGGGCAUCCGAAAUCCAGACCAUUCACGAGCCCUGAUCAAAGAAAAACUGACAGCUGAUCCUGACAGUGAAAUAGCUACAACAAGCUUACGAGUUUCCCUCAUGUGUCCGCUGGGUAAGAUGAGGCUGAUUGUGCCCUGCCGAGCUAUUACAUGCACCCACCUCCAGUGCUUCGAUGCAGCCCUCUAUCUUCAAAUGAAUGAGAAGAAACCCACGUGGACUUGUCCUGUGUGUGAUAAGAAAGCCCCCUAUGACAACCUGAUAAUUGAUGGCUUGUUCAUGGAAAUCCUGAACUCCUGCACGGACUGCGAUGAGAUACAGUUUAUGGAGGAUGGCUCCUGGUGCCCCAUGAAGCCGAAGAAGGAGAACCAGGAGGUGUGCCAGACAUCUGCGUUCAGUGGGAUCGAGGCCAGCUCCCUUUACACUGUGAGCUCUGAGGGCAAGAGCUCCUCUGAGGGCAAAAAGAAAGUGGAGGUUAUUGAUCUCACUCUGGACAGCUCGUCGGACGAGGAGGAGCCGCCUGCCAAGAAGCAGUGCCCCAUCUCCAGCAUGGCCCUUCCGGCAGCGGCUGGGCCCAAGGGGGUGUUAAGUAUUGAUCAUCAGCCGUCUUCUGUGCUUCGAAGUCCUCCCAUGGCAGCUCUUGGCAGCGACUAUCUCUCCAGCCUCCCCAUUCCUGACUACCAUCCUUCAUACCAGGUGCCAUCAGAGCUUCAAGGUCUGGAUUUGUUUUCCUUCCUUCAAAGUGAAAACCAGCAUUACAGCCCUUCCGUGAUCACCUCCCUGGAUGAGCAGGAUACGCUCAGCCAUUUCUUGCAGUACAGAGGCGCGUCCAGCCACUUCAUGAGCAUGAACCCCCUGGCCCCCGUGAUGGCCGGAUCUCACAGCGCCGUCAGCCCGGCCGGCAGCCGCAUCAGCAGCAUCGUCUCCACCGGCGUGCUGCGCGAGAGCCACGGCCACAACGGGACGAUAAGCGGCAACGCGGCGCUCCCGGGCUGCAGGCCAGACAUCAUUUCGCUGGACUGAGCCCCUACCCAGCCCACGCUGGCGGCUGUUAGUCCCUCUGCCGGGGAGGGGAGACGAGGGCAGGUUUCCAGUAGCUGCUUUAGGACUGGUUUCCCUGUCUGGGACUGGAAGGACUGGUAACCGUUCGGUUGUGUCUCUCCUCUCCCGAUUGAGGCGGUUUCCCCCAGGCAGCCGGUGCCCCCAGGCCUUGUGCUGGUGGUUCCCAGUCUGCCUGUGUUAGGAAGGCUGUGUCCUGCGGCUGUACCUGUGCACGCACACCCGCCUCGGCACGCGGGGAUGGGGGCUGUGAGUGCCUCUUUCCGAGGGUUAUCCAACCCCCCUGACUUUUAAGAAGUAUUUUAAAACCAUUUAUACAAUGUAGGAUUCUGCUACAGGUAUCACAGUGCUGCUGGUGACUCAGCUGCCCGCUCUUCCGCCGGAGCCGUGCCCGCUGGCCAGGAGCGGGGCAGUGUGUCCUGCCCUUUCCCUCCCCAAACUGCCCCAAAUCCCACGUGGCCCCUCACCUGCCGGCGAGGCUGGACCUGGGCUCUCGUGGCUCUUUCUGCCUUGGUUGUCUUCGCUCCCCGGCCUUCCUGGGAGGAGAGGGAGCUGGUGCCAGGGCAGCGAAGGGCUGGGACGGGGCCGGGCAGACCGCGGCGAUGCUCUCGGCGCGCUGCCAACCCGCCCAGGGCUGAGUGAAGUGACGGCUGCGAGAGGGACGCCGCCACCGAGCCCUGCUCCGAGGAGCCUCCAUCCCCGGGGCGCGGGCGGACGGUUGCCGGCCGAAGCCCCGACGGCGGUGGCACUCCGGAGAUGCCACGACGGUAUUCCCAGCGGAUGCCCAGGCUGCGCCUCGGCUCAAAAUCCAGCUCUAAUCCUGGAGCCAGAGGCCUGAGAGGGACUGUGGAGCUCAUCCACGCGUUGCCCCGCGGCAGGAUCGUCUCUGCCGGUGUCACUCCUGAUGGACACGUGUCUCGUCCCCCCUUAGAGGGGGAGGCACGACCUCCCCGCAGCGCUGCUUCCCCAGCCCCGACUGCAAAGUACUCGUGAUUUUAACGGAACAAGGUGCGUGGGGGGAGCAGACCCGAGCGGGGCCGCGUGCCAGCAGAGGUGUCGGACGCUCGUCGGGCGGGCGACCCGCGGAGGAGACUGCCCCGGCUGCGGCUUGGCCUUUGGGGUCCCGCUUCGCGGAUUUGGGGAGCGUUGGUAACCGAGGCAGAGCCGCGAGGGGCUGCAGGAGGAGGAGCUGGGACAGGCGCCCCGGCCUCCUUCCAUCCACCCCUCUCUAGCGACGCUCGGUGCUGUCUCAAUUGUAAUUAUGAUGUAUUUAAAAAACAAAUGUAGAUUUGUUUUCCUCCUUUUAAAUAUUUCCACUACCGACCUGUACAGAGAACAAAUAGAUUAUCUAUAUUUUCAGUUGCAGCUUUUUGUACAUAUAAAACUCCAAAGACUUCCCCCUUGCUCUCUCUGCGUGAGGACUAAAUGAAGGUUGCGCCGUCUCCACUGGGGACGACGCUUCGCCCAUUGCACAGAUUAUUUAUGUAUUUAAACGUACACUUUAGUUUGUAACCUUUACAGCGUCGUACCUGCCGCUUUGCGAGCGUCCUGCCGACACGGGCUGGCUGGGCUCUGCCGCGGCCCCGCUGCCAUGCAGCACGGGGACGUCGCGGCUCCGCGGCAGGGCCGGCCCGGAGCACGGACAGGUCUCAUAUGUAGCAAUUCUUAGCACCUUUUUUUUCCUUUUAAACUGCUCUGUUAUUGAGCGUUAAAGCAAAGCGCCUUUCCGUGCUGGGGGGGGGAGGGAUGGGGGGGGUGGCGCGCGGUAUCCUGCUUGGACGGUUCCCUAUUUCUUGUAACCGCAGUCAAUAUUUCGAUGCAAUAAAGUUGUAAACGCUGAGAA